AUGGCGAUCAUGUGGGGACAAAGCUGUCACAACUGGCAACGCUCUCUGCCUGACGAGGGGCCGAGCAGCCCUCCAAAUCUGGGCUUGGGCAAUGCAGAUGUGCCGCAGGUCGUGUGUCAAGCGGUUUCGAGUGUGCCAUCCGAACACGAGCUUGCAUGCACGCAGCUAUACUGCGAAAACAUAGAUGCGUUUGAGAGUGUUGUUGACGGGCUGCCUUCAACCCAAUCUUAUGGGCUGGAGGAUGAGGCAGUCGACGAAAAGAGUUGCCCAGAGAUUUUGCCACCUCGGCAGUGCAAUGAUAUGGCUUGUACCCAGGCAUAUGAAGACGAAAGCGAAGAUGAUUUCACAGCCGAUCUCUUGCAAGCUGGCAAAGCAGAGCAACCGACAGAGAUGCCCGAAGCAUCGUCAACGGAGACCAAAGCCGCAUGGAAACAGGACGAGCCUGACAAAGCGCUCAUGCCAGGCAGUGCGUGCGGCCAGCGUCCUGUUAUCAGUGGCGGCGGUGGGAUUCAGUCAUCUGCAGUGAGUGGGGCUCUUGAAUCAUGCAGGGAAGAUGCAGGGGUGGGACCCCAGGCUGCAGAGUUCUCUGAUGAGUUGGGCUGCACCCUACACUACAACACCCACGAGGGCAGUGAAGAGGCAGCUGCGCCAGCGCAUCCAGAAGCACCUGCAGCAAAUGCGGUCGAGACAAGCCGCCCUGAGAUUUUGCCGCCUCGGCAGUGCAAUGAUCUGGCUUGUACCCAGGCAUACAAUGACGAAAGCGAAGAUGAUUUCACAGCCGAUCUCUUGCAAGCUGGCAAAGCAGAGCAACCGACACAGAUGCCCGAAGCAUCGUCAACGGAGACCAAAGCAGCAUGGAAACAGGACGAGCCUGACAAAGCGCUCAUGCCAGGCAGUGCGUGCGGCCAGCGUCCUGUUAUCAGUGGCGGCGGUGGAAUUCAGUCAUCUGCAGUGAGUGGGGCUCUUGAAUCAUGCAGGGAAGAUGCAGGGGUGGGACCCCAGGCUGCAGAGUUCUCUGAUGAGUUGGGCUGCACCCUACACUACAACACCCACGAGGGCAGUGAAGAGGCAGCUGCGCCAGCGCAUCCAGAAGCACCUGCAGCAAAUGCGGUCGAGACAAGCCGCCCUGAGAUUUUGCCGCCUCGGCAGUGCAAUGAUCUGGCUUGUACCCAGGCAUACAAUGACGAAAGCGAAGAUGAUUUCACAGCCGAUCUCUUGCAAGCUGGCAAUGCAGAGCAACCGACAGAGAUGCCCGAAGCAUCGUCAACGGAGACCAAAGCAGCAUGGAAACAGGACGAGCCUGACAAAGCGCUCGUGCCAGGCAGUGCGUGCGGCCAGCGUCCUGUUAUCAGUGGUGGCGGUGAGAUUCAGUCAUCUGCAGUGAGUGGGGCUCUUGAAUCAUGCAGGGAAGAUGCAGGGGUGGGACCCCAGCCUGCAGAGUUCUCUGAUGAGUUGGGCUGCACCCUACACUACAACACCCACGAGGGCAGUGAAGAGGCAGCCGCGCCAGCGCAUCCAGAAGCACCUGCAGCAAAUGUGGUCGAGACAAGCCGCCCGGAGAUUUUGCCACCUCGGCAGUGCAAUGAUAUGGCUUGUACCCAGGCAUACAAUGACGAAAGCGAAGAUGAUUUCACAGCCGAUCUCUUGCAAGCUGGAAAAGCAGAGCAACCGACAGAGAUGCCCGAAGCAUCGUCAACGGAGACCAAAGCAGCAUGGAAACAGGACGAGCCUGACAAAGCGCUCGUGCCAGGCAGUGCGUGCGGCCAGCGUCCUGUUAUCAGUGGCGGCGGUGAGAUUCAGUCAUCUGCAGUGAGUGGGGCUCUUGAAUCAUGCAGGGAAGAUGCAGGGGUGGGACCCCAGGCUGCAGAGUUCUCUGAUGAGUUGGGCUGCACCCUACACUACAACACCCACGAGGGCAGUGAAGAGGCAGCUGCGCCAGCGCAUCCAGAAGCACCUGCAGCAAAUGCGGUCGAGACAAGCCGCCCUGAGAUUUUGCCGCCUCGGCAGUGCAAUGAUCUGGCUUGUACCCAGGCAUACAAUGACGAAAGCGAAGAUGAUUUCACAGCCGAUCUCUUGCAAGCUGGCAAUGCAGAGCAACCGACAGAGAUGCCCGAAGCAUCGUCAACGGAGACCAAAGCAGCAUGGAAACAGGACGAGCCUGACAAAGCGCUCGUGCCAGGCAGUGCGUGCGGCCAGCGUCCUGUUAUCAGUGGUGGCGGUGAGAUUCAGUCAUCUGCAGUGAGUGGGGCUCUUGAAUCAUGCAGGGAAGAUGCAGGGGUGGGACCCCAGCCUGCAGAGUUCUCUGAUGAGUUGGGCUGCACCCUACACUACAACACCCACGAGGGCAGUGAAGAGGCAGCCGCGCCAGCGCAUCCAGAAGCACCUGCAGCAAAUGUGGUCGAGACAAGCCGCCCGGAGAUUUUGCCACCUCGGCAGUGCAAUGAUAUGGCUUGUACCCAGGCAUACAAUGACGAAAGCGAAGAUGAUUUCACAGCCGAUCUCUUGCAAGCUGGAAAAGCAGAGCAACCGACAGAGAUGCCCCAAGCAUCGUCAUCAGAGACCAAAGCAGCAUGGAAACAGGACGAGCCUGACAAAGCGCUCGUGCCAGGCAGUGCGUGCGGCCAGCGUCCUGUUAUCAGUGGCGGCGGUGAGAUUCAGUCAUCUGCAGUGAGUGGGGCUCUUGAAUCAUGCAGGGAAGAUGCAGGGGUGGGACCCCAGCCUGCAGAGUUCUCUGAUGAGUUGGGCUGCACCCUACACUACAACACCCACGAGGGCAGUGAAGAGGCAGCCGCGCCAGCGCAUCCAGCAGCAAAUGUGGUCGAGACAAGCCGCCCGGAGAUUUUGCCACCUCGGCAGUGCAAUGAUAUGGCUUGUACCCAGGCAUACAAUGACGAAAGCGAAGAUGAUUUCACAGCCGAUCUCUUGCAAGCUGGAAAAGCAGAGCAACCGACAGAGAUGCCCCAAGCAUCGUCAUCAGAGACCAAAGCAGCAUGGAAACAGGACGAGCCUGACAAAGCGCUCGUGCCAGGCAGUGCGUGCGGCCAGCGUCCUGUUAUCAGUGGUGGCGGCGAGAUUCAGUCAUCUGCCGUGAGUGGGGCUCUUGAAUCCUGCAGGGAAGAUGCAGGGGUGGGACCCCAGCCUGCAGAGUUCUCUGAUGAGUUGGGCUGCACCCUACACUACAACACCCACGAGGGCAGUGAAGAGGCAGCCGCGCCAGCGCAUCCAGAAGCACCUGCAGCAAAUGCGGUCGAGACAAGCCGCCCGGAGAUUUUGCCACCUCGGCAGUGCAAUGAUCUGGCUUGUACCCAGGCAUACAAUGACGAAAGCGAAGAUGAUUUCACAGCCGAUCUCUUGCAAGCUGGAAAAGCAGAGCAACCGACAGAGAUGCCCCAAGCAUCGUCAUCAGAGACCAAAGCAGCAUGGAAACAGGACGAGCCUGACAAAGCGCUCGUGCCAGGCAGUGCGUGCGGCCAGCGUCCUGUUAUCAGUGGUGGCGGCGAGAUUCAGUCAUCUGCCGUGAGUGGGGCUCUUGAAUCCUGCAGGGAAGAUGCAGGGGUGGGACCCCAGCCUGCAGAGUUCUCUGAUGAGUUGGGCUGCACCCUACACUACAACACCCACGAGGGCAGUGAAGAGGCAGCCGCGCCAGCGCAUCCAGAAGCACCUGCAGCAAAUGCGGUCGAGACAAGCCGCCCGGAGAUUUUGCCACCUCGGCAGUGCAAUGAUCUGGCUUGUACCCAGGCAUACAAUGACGAAAGCGAAGAUGAUUUCACAGCCGAUCUCUUGCAAGCUGGAAAAGCAGAGCAACCGACAGAGAUGCCCGAAGCAUCGUCAUCAGAGACCAAAGCAGCAUGGAAACAGGACGAGCCUGACAAAGCGCUCGUGCCAGGCAGUGCGUGCGGCCAGCGUCCUGUUAUCAGUGGCGGCGGUGAGAUUCCGUCAUCUGCAUUGAGUGGGGCUCUUGAAUCAUGCAGGGAAGAUGCAGGGGUGGGACCCCAGCCUGCAGAGUUCUCUGCAUCGGCCCAGAACCUGCUUUUUGAGCCUGCAGCUUGUGGCGUCGGACAUGGCGCGGUGACUGCAGAGGCGGGCCUCAGCAAGGAACCGCGUCAAUCCCUGAUUCAUCAAUCACACUUGUACGGCGCCCACUACAGGCACCGUCCCUGCAUGGUUUCCGUGAUGGUGCAAACGGGUGAAACAGAUGAUGGUGACCUUGAGCGUGAAGCUGUUGCCAUGCCUUCCGUGAAGGUAGCCAACAGUGUGCCAACACUCAAGAAACCGCAGCCGCCACGGUUGAGCCUGCUGAUUCCGAAGAGGCCUCGCGAUGAAAACAUAGAGCUCGUGGAUGUGGAUGCCUACUCUGCAGCCAGUCACGCCCUGUGGGGUGGGCGCACUCCGAAGAAAGCUGCAGCGCCUUGUCUGCGCGAUUUCCUGGCGGCAAAGCAGGAGGAGGCAGAGGAGGCAGAUGAGCCGCUGCUGGGCACCGCUUUGGGCAGCAGCUCGAUGUCGCCGAUGUCGCCGAUCUCUGAAGGGCGCGGAAGCAGCCCGAAUGAUCUUUGGUGCAGCCAGCGAAGCCACGUGAAGCAAGAAGACCUUUCCGUGAAGCGCGGGCUCGAGUGCACUGCGUCCAGCGCGCCUACCACUGGGGCACCUGGGAUACGAGAUCGCUCCAGGUCUCCGCAUGCAUCAGGCCCCCAGCAACCCUUGCCUUGGGUGCCACUGGGGCCAAAGCAAGAGAGCCCUCAGCAGGUUUCCAGGGUGGAGUCGCCGGUCAGCCUGAGCACGCGCCGGGCCCUUCAUUUCGGAACGCCUUCUCCGUCUCCGAAGUACGAUGCCAGUCGCGAUGUCGUUCCUUCAUGGCUGCAGCAAGUUCGUGAUGUGAAGGGAGGGCUGAAGCCAAACACCAAGCAGGACGUCACGGCUGAGCCUUUGGAACUUGCAAAGGGCUUGCCAGCCGACGAGAUCCCAACUCCUUGCCGCGGGGCAGGUCGCGCAAGGCUGAACUCCUUGAGAUUUGGUCGAUCAAGCCGACCAGCGUCGCCCGGCUCAGAUUCGCAUUCAACUUUGGCGGCCUCUCCGCGGGUGGGUGAAGGGGCGCCAGGCACGGACGCAGCCCCGACGGCCUCCACAGCCAAGGAAAGCUCGACACCAUCGACCGCACCUGCCACUCCCACUGGGUCGCCUUCCCCUCUUGGAGCGAACGUUCUGUCUAUCCCAUCACCAGCUGCACAGGCCGAAAAGGUCGCGAAGGCGCCUGUGCUACAUGGGCUACAUGAGCCUCAAGGUGAGGUGGAAGCGCCCCCAGCGUCCCAAACGUCCCAGUGCUCUGAAGCACUUGAGCCCUUGGCAGCACCGGUGGAAAGCCUGGGCAUGUCGGUUGCACCCUUAGAAGAGUGUGAUAUACCGCAGCACGUGGAGCACGACGAGCAGGUCGAUGACGUCGAAGAUGAUGCCUCCGGAGUGAGUGCCGAGGACGUGGCUGCCGUGGCUAAGCAGGAUGAGCGUGAGGACAGCGAUGAGAAAGGUGGCAAGAGGGCCUUGGGUUCGCCGGGCUCAAGCUCGCAGGGCGAGGAUGGCCCCGAACGCCUCAGUCGUCUCAGUCAGUUUUGCUUUGCGAAGACGACCCAAGAGGAAGCACACGCGCGCCAGCGUGCGCCGAGAGGGAGCCCGGUUGCGUCUGAUGGAGCCAAGGAUGUUGAGGUAGCCAGCGCGCCUAUCAACCUCAGCCAGUUCGCGUUUGCGAAGACGACGCAAGAUGAGCAAGAUGAGGGACGUGAGGGCCAUGAGGGACGUGCGACCGGAGGGAAGGUGCACAACGUGCCCUCAGAAUCGAAGACGCCGGAAGUGGCCACCUCCGCUGAGGAGAUUCUCAGUGCCGAGGCCAGCUCAGCAUUGAGCGCGUUGGUCAGCUUGAGCGACGAUCCUCCAAAGAAGGCCGUCAAGCGAACGGCCGCCAAGAGCCAUGCCAAGGGCAGGAGCAAGACAAGUGUUCCUCCAAAGUGGCAGAGGCUGGUGAUUGCUGAGCAUGUCUUUGGAGACAUAGACGCUGUGAACCCAGAACAAUUUGCCGGCAAAGAAAUCUGUUGCAAGGAAGCAGAGGAGCUUGAACUGGGCCCUCACUGA